CUGAAAAGCGAAGAUAAAAAAAACUAUACUUCCUCUUUUGAGUGUGAAGGUUCUCUGGGUCCGUUAGAAACGGUUGCACUUUCUUGCCGGGACAAAGUAAUCCUGCUCAUUCUUCUGCAACAAGAUUUGUUUUUUCUUCUUCAGGAUGCACGUUUUGUGUGCCGUGUUGCUUUUGACCUUUCCGGUCCUCGGCCACGCUGCGUCUGCCUUAAAUGACGUGUGGGAAGACUGGCAGAUCAAACAUCACAAGGUUUAUGAUAAUCAGACUGAGGUCGUUUUCAGGAGAGCGGUGUGGGAGAAGAACAUGCAGCUGGUGUUGAGACACAACCAGGAGUUCUCAGCAGGAAAACACAGCUUCACAAUGGGACUCAAUCAUCUGUCUGACAUGACAGCUGAGGAAAUCAAUGAGAAGCUGAACGGCCUGAAGCUGGAGGACCCUAUUCAUUUCAGAAACAGCACUUUUAAGGAAGCAAGUGACUUAUUGAUUCCUCAGAGUGUCGACUGGAGGAAGAGUGGCCUGGUCAGUCCCGUCCGAAACCAGGGUCUGUGUGGGUCCUGCUGGGCCUUCAGCUCUAUGGGAGCUCUUGAGGGCCAGAUGAAGAAGCGAACAGGUGUCCUCGUUCCCCUGAGCCCACAGAACCUGGUGGACUGCAGCACCACCGAUGGAAAUCUCGGCUGCAGAGGAGGAUACAUCUCAAAAGCCAUCCGCUACGUCAUCCGCAACCAAGGCGUCGACUCAGAGAGCUUUUACCCCUACGAACACAAGGACAGGAAAUGUCGGUAUUCUGUGGCGGGAAAGGCCGGCUACUGCUCUGAUUUACACAUCCUCCCACAAGGAGAUGAGAAGACUCUGCAGACUGUAGUGGCAUCAGUGGGGCCGGUCGCUGUGGCCGUGAACGCCAUGCUGCGAUCGUUUCAUUUCUACAAAGGAGGUUUAUACAACGUACCAAACUGCGACCCAAAGUUCAUAAAUCAUGCUGUCCUGGUUGUGGGCUACGGCACAGACGCAGGACAAGACUUCUGGCUCGUGAAAAACAGUUGGGGAACUGCAUGGGGAGAAGAAGGCUUCAUUCGAAUUGCCAGAAACAAGCAUAAUCUCUGUGGCAUUGCAAGCUUUGCAGUCUACCCUACGCUGUGAAAAUGUGACCCAUGAAUCACUUGAAUCAUCCUAGUAGAAUUUAGUUUACUUUAAUAUCAGAGACCAGAUUAACACUGAAACUGUAGAUGUUGUCCUGGAAGUCAAAAACACUGCCAAAAGUAAAUUUUGCUAAAUUACUGUAUCUGCUUUGGUGGCCUCUCUCAUUGAUAUAUAUAUAUAUAUUUUUUAUAAAUACUUACUUAUACAUUUCUGAGUUUCAAUAAGCUCUCACCUUUCAAUCUGUGUCUUUUUUGGGGGGGGGGGAAAUCUCUUUAUUUAAUCAAUUUGAUGUAUUUAUUUAAAUGUUAAUAUUUAAAUGUUGGCUUUGCUUUUGGUGCGUUACAGUGUACUUUUAUGUAUUUAAUAAAACUCUUUAUCAAACUUG